AUGCCAAAGCGUUCCGCGACCGAAGUGCUUACAUCCACAAGCCAGCCUGUACCCAAGGCUGCAAAAGUCUCACAAAAUGGUCCAAGACGCGACAAUCUGGUUCCCGAUGAAGCAGGGGAGUUCGAAGAUGAGUGGGAAGACGAAUUCUCAGAUGAGGAGGUCGUAGAACAGCCAGAGGAUGACGAAGAAAAUGAGGAUGGUAUGGAUGUGGACGAAGUACUGCCAGCCAUCGAGGAGGAAGAUGCGCCUGCACCUACCUCAGAUGUCUUCAUUCCUGGCAAACAUAAACUGGAGCCUGGCGAAGAAAUGGAGCCUGAUGACUCUGUUUAUCUUAUGCGACACACACUGCUCGUGGACUGGUCUUGUCUCUCGUUUGACAUUCUCCGAGAUAAUCUCGGUGACGAGCGUCAACGUUACCCUGCAACUGCAUACCUGGUCACUGGUUCCCAGGCAGCAACAGGAAAAGACAACGAGGUGCUAGUCAUCAAAACGAGCUCACUUCACCGAACACAAAAAGACGGAGACGACUCCGAUUCUGACGACGACGAUAACGACGACGAUCUAGACGAGGACCCCGUAGUUGAAUCGCGAAGUAUACCCCACAAAGGUGGUGUUAACAGAAUACGUGCCCAACCGCUACCUCCUUCAUCCCAGUUACCACCAGUUUCGCAACCUUACUAUGUGGCAUCAUGGUCGGAGACCGGAAAAGUACAUAUCUGGGAUGUGCGACCUCUGAUCGAGUCUCUCGAUGUACCCGGGUACAGCGUCGACAAGCGCCGAACCCAAACACCUGUAUAUACGGUGAACAACCACGGUCGAACCGAAGGGUUUGCUAUGGAUUGGGCAAUGACCAACUCCUCCUUGCGUCUCAUUACCGGAGACAACGACUCGAAAAUCUACCUUACCACCUCAUCUCCUUCCGGGUUCAAUACCGCUCCCCAGCCAUUUACGUCUCACACAUCGAGUGUGGAGGAUCUACAAUGGAGCCCUGCCCAGGUCACCAUAUUCGCCUCGUGUUCUGCCGAUUCUACCGUUAAAAUAUGGGACAUUCGGACGAAAGGACGGACGAGUGCUGCAUCUAUCGACUCUGCACACGAAAGCGACGUGAAUGUUAUAAGCUGGAACAAAUCACAGGACUACCUGCUGCUCAGCGGCGGUGAUGAGGGUGGACUAAAAAUUUGGGAUUUGCGAAACAUAAAAACCCCAGGAGCUGCUCCAGUCUCUUUCGACUGGCAUAAGGGACCUAUCACAUCCGUCGAAUGGCAUCCAACAGACAACACAGCGUUUGCUGCUUCCGGCGCAGACAAUCAAAUAUCAUUGUGGGAUGUUUCUGUAGAGCCAGACGACGAUGAGAUGGGCGGGACAGGUGGGACCCCAGAGCAGGAGGUGCCUGCUCAGUUGCUCUUUAGUCACUACCAGCGGGACACUAAGGAGGUCCAUUGGCACCCGCAAAUACCAGGGACGGUAUUUUCAACCGCAUACGACGGCUUCGACAUCUUCAAAACCAUUUCAUUGUGA